AUGGCCUCGAAGCUUCUAGCUUCCUCUCUCCGCAAAACCCUAACCCCAAAACCCUCAUCCUCCUUCUUCCGCCCCCUCUCCACCGCCGCAGCCGCUGCCGCUGAGGUCUACGACGACCCCGCCGGAGUCUCCAUGAAGGGGGUCAAAAUCUCCGGCCGGCCGCUUUACCUCGACAUGCAGGCGACGUCUCCGGUGGACCCCAGAGUCGUUGACGCCAUGCUCCCUUACUACCUCACCCGCUACGGCAACCCCCACUCCCGGACCCACAUGUACGGCUGGGAGUCCGACUCCGCCGUCGAAACCGCCCGCGCCCAAGUCGCCGACUUAAUCGGCGCCUCCCCGAAAGAAAUCGUCUUCACCUCCGGGGCCACCGAGUGCAACAACAUCUCCGUGAAAGGCGUCAUGCACUUCUACCGAGACAAGAAGCGCCACGUCAUCACCACCCAGACGGAGCACAAGUGCGUCUUGGACUCCUGCCGCCAUCUCCAGCAGGAGGGUUUCGAGAUCACUUAUCUUCCGGUGAAGCCCGAUGGGCUUAUCGACUUGGAUCAGCUCCGGGCCGCGAUCCGACCCGAUACCGGGUUAGUCUCUGUAAUGGCGGUCAACAAUGAGAUCGGAGUGAUACAACCGAUGGAGGAAAUCGGAGAGAUAUGCAAGGAGUUCAAGAUUCCGUUUCAUACCGAUGCGGCUCAAGCUUUGGGGAAGAUUCCGAUUGAGGUUGACAAGUGGAAUGUGAGCUUGAUGUCGUUGAGUGGGCAUAAAGUUUACGGGCCGAAGGGGAUUGGUGCAUUGUACAUGAGGCGCCGGCCGAGGAUUCGAGUGGAGCCUCAGAUGAAUGGAGGGGGGCAGGAGAGGGGGAUUCGGAGCGGGACGGUUCCGACUCCAUUGGCUGUGGGGAUGGGUGCUGCUUGCGAGAUUGCGAAGAAGGAGAUGGAGUAUGAUCAGAAGAGGAUUAGUUAUUUGCAGGAGAGGAUGUUGAAGGGGAUUAAGGAGCAGCUGGAUGAGGUGGUGGUGAAUGGGAGUGUUGAGAGGAGGUAUCCGGGGAAUUUGAACUUGUCGUUUGCGUAUGUGGAGGGGGAGAGCUUGUUGAUGGGGCUGAAGGAGGUGGCGGUGUCGAGUGGGAGUGCUUGUACUAGUGCGAGUUUGGAGCCAUCGUAUGUGUUGAGGGCGUUGGGGGUGGAUGAGGACAUGGCGCAUACUUCGAUUAGGUUUGGGAUUGGGAGGUUUACAACUGAGGAGGAGAUUGACAGGGCAGUGAAGCUUACGGUGGAGCAGGUGAAGAAGCUGAGGGAGUUGAGUCCGCUUUAUGAGAUGGUGAAGGAAGGGAUUAAUAUUAAGGAUAUUCAGUGGUCGCAGCAUUGAGGAGUUGUGUGAGAGGGAGGUUGUGGAGCCGUUCGUAUACAUAUCUACUGGUGAGCUGCAACUGAUCAAGUGGAGAUGGAUAAUUUGAGGUUUGGUGAUCCUUUGGCCUCUUCUUGAAUUAUGGUCUUUAUCAG